AUGGGUCUUCCUACAGAUGUUCUGAAAGCCUGGGAGGCUUGCGAUUGCACUGAUACACUGUUUGUUCUGGUUUGCUAUGUCUUCUGCUGGGGCAUCGUCCCUGCCGUCGAAAUCGCCUACUCGGGCUACCCCAUACGCUCCAACUCCCUCGCGGCAGUGAUACCCUCCAUUCUUGCCGUCAUCUUUAGUUUCUUCCAGCUCGUCUUUCAGGCUGCUGUCUGCGCGAUCGCUGUGGGAGGUGCUUGUGAGCGAAGAAAGAUCCUGCCGCUGAACCCUUUCAUUUUUACGAGGUACCAGACUUUCCGCUCGAAGAAGUCCUCGACUCGAACUCCUUCCCACCUGGUCAUUCACCGCCCAGUCAACUCUCUCUGCCAAUCGCUGGCUAUGAUAAGCAUCUGGGGUUCGUGGCUUGCUUCCGACGCCGGAACUACACUCGCGUUCAACUUCGAGUCUGCAAUGGCUCUGUGUGUAACAAAUCUGUGCGCUGCUAGCGGAGCAGCGACAUGGAUGCUCUACACUUAUGUUGAAGUUGGCCGCUGGAGUCUCGAUUCGUGUUUCAUGGGCGCCAUCUCUGGGCUCAUCAUGAUCACUCUGUCCGCUGGUUUUAUCGACGUGCCUUCAGUUAUGGGUUUCGGCAUUGUUAGUGCGCUGUUCUAUCGACAAACUCUGAAGAUCAAGUUCAACAACUUUGCGAGACGAUGGCGCUGGGUCGACCGUGGCGAUACCUUCGCUACACACUGUCUAGGUGGCUUUCUGGCGACCAUUGGCACAGGCUGUCUGGCAAGAAAGGAAGUUUCAGGCUACGAUGGUGUUACGGAGAUUGCUGGAGGCGUCUUCUUCGAUGGCAAUGUAAGGCAGCUUGGCAUCCAGAUCAUGGAGGCGCUUGUUGGCUUCACAUGGUCGUUCGUGGGAAGCUUCACCAUCUACGCACUGAUUGAUUGCGUGCCGGGAUUCAAAGUCCUGGCGGAAGAUAAGUAA